CAAUGGUGACGACAUUUCCCUUCUCUUGGAAGCGUCGGCAGAGAGAAAAAAGUUUUCCAUCUGAAAGGCACUCGCAAGGUUUCUUCUUAACGUAGCUUGUUAUUUCUGCCUGUGCGUGAAAAUAGUCAAAAGACAGGAUGUCUCCACCCUCUAGAAGGUUGCAAACCAAGCCGGUUAUAACAUGUCUGAAGACCUUUCUUAUUUCCUACAGUCUCAUAUUUUGGUUCACAGGGGUGAUCCUGCUGGCGGUGGGCGUAUGGGGCAAGGUGAGCCUGGAGGACUAUCUGCGGCUGAGCUCGGAGAACAGCACCAAUGCACCAUAUGUCCUCAUUGGGACCGGAGCCAUCAUCGUCAUCUUUGGCCUGUUCGGCUGUUUCGCCACAUGCCGAGGCAGCCCAUGGAUGCUCAAACUGUAUGCUAUGUUCCUGACGUUGGUGUUCCUUGCCGAGCUGGUGGCAGGCAUCUCCGGCUUCAUCUUCAGACAUGAGAUCAAGGGAGUGCUACAGGAUAUCUAUGUUAACGCCCUUGACACCUACAACCAGACAGACUCCCAGAGCAUGGCUGUGGACAAAAUUCAGGAAAAACUGCACUGCUGUGGGCUGACGAACUACACUGACUGGAAGACCAGGCCCUACUUUGAGAAGAACGGCAUCCCCAAGAGCUGCUGCAAGGAGACCACAGGCUGCACAACAGAGAACCUGAAGGACCUGCAGAAAGCAGCAGAUGUGGUCUUCCCUGAGGGUUGUUUCUUAAAAGUGACCAAAGUAAUGGAGUCCAACCUCGGCAUCAUCGCUGGAAUAUCUUUUGGCAUCGCGUUCUUCCAGCUCAUUGGAAUCUUCCUGGCCUGCUGCCUCUCCCGGUACAUCACCAAUAACCAGUACGAGAUGGUUUAGCAGUUCCCCUUCUCGGCUAUACCGUAACUUUAGUGCUGCUGGAUCCACUGUCCACAGAAGAUGGAUGCUUGUUCAACACAGGAGCCCGUAGUCUUUUAAGUUUUUAAUAUAUGAAUAUACUGUAUGUACACAUUCACAACUUAGUUGUUCAUUUCCUUUUUUAGACAAUACUCCAGCUGCUUUUUUUUUAAAGAUGAAAAGUUCUCAGUGCCAUCCAGUUAGAAUGGUUUGUGUCGAAUAUGAAAAAAAGAUGAGGGAUGUUUGUGUAAUUGUCUCUGAUUGAUGUGCCGAUGUUUUUUCAAUCUGUGAGUGGAUUGUCUUGGGUGGGUGUUCUAAGAAAAUGCUUAAGUGAUAAACCUAACUGGGUUAACCUACAGAAGGUGGAAUACCUGCUAAUAGAUAACCUGCAGAUGUCGUUCAGUGUCAUUCAGGCUUCUUUAGUUGAUAUACCACUGUAUCUAGGCUAACUUAACAUGGUUUACUACUGAAACACCUUGAACACCCCCUUGGUUGCUCAGUAGUAUAUGGAACUGGAGGGAAAAAGAAAACGACAUUUGAGUUGAACGAUGUAUGACUGUAAUCUCCAAUAGGAGUGGACUUACCCCAUCUCUGCUCUCCGCUCUCUACACAUUAGCGAGUAGAAUCCCUUGCCUAAAGGGAAUGCUGACUUUAGAAUUUAAAACGCCAGAUGGCCCACUUUUUUGUUUCUGUAUUCACAGCAUCUCCGUUAAAAUGCAGCAUGGCUUUAAGUACCUAGAGUUUACAUUGGAUAUAUAGAAAAAUAUGUAGAUUUGUUGUUUUUUUGUUUGUUUGUGUGUCCAUGGACAAAAAGACAUUACUUUAUAACAAGCAAAUUUAUUGUAGCUUUAAAUAAUGUGAAAUGUUGAAAAGUGCUGAUGUAGAAUCUGACGGAAGGGAAGAAGAGCUGCUUAUGGGGUCUCCAAAGAGAGUGCGAUAUAAGCUGAGGAGUGGUGCACCUUGGGAGUAUUCCAAGAAGCUGGUUGGGUACUAGCCCAGGUUAAGUUAACCUUGAGGUUGUGGUAAAUAGUCUAAUAGAAGAGCCUGGGUCCUCGUUUUCUUAGCUAAAUGACUUCUUCAUGCUAUCUAUUAUGAGGUUUACCACUACCUGGUUGACGUCAGAAUCAGCUUCUUGGUAUAGGCCUACCUUUUAGGAGUAGGGGUUCAGUGUACCAAGAGUUCUUUCACACAUAAAUCACACGUUUCACUCAAUGAGUAGGCUUUUGUCAUUAAUUUUGGAAAAGAAAACAAGUUUGGUAUGUUUCUUGGGUGUGUUUAUGAGUAUUUGUCUCUACAUUUCCUUGUGAAGUAUAUUCAUACUGAAUAGAUGUAAUCUUCUUUGAAUCUGUUGUCUUGUCAUUCCCAGUUAAGCUGUUGUAAUUCAUUUCAGUAUUAUUAUUUGUUCAGGUGUGGAAACGGCAUGGCAUUACUUGAGAAAAAAAUUAAAUACUUAUUUUUCUCUGAAA